ACAACAGCUCCCUACUGAACUAAAGCUGAAUACAUGGCGUUAUCCAGCCGGUAGCGAGGAGGGCGAAAGAUGCUGGGCGAAACCGAGUGCAGCGCAAAGAAAAUGUCAUCCCGCGCGGACAGUGGUAGCGGAGAAGACUCCUUGGACCACCUGCUGCCCGGUCCCCCUGCCGCGGCCCCGCGGAGGAAGAGCACCUCACACACCAAGACAGAGCCUCCUCUGCUGCGCACCGGCACGCGCACCAUCUACACUGCCGGGAGACCCCCCUGGUACAACGAGCACGGCGCACAGUCCAAAGAAGCCUUUGUCAUCGGGUUGUGUGGCGGAAGUGCCUCGGGGAAGACUACGGUGGCCAAUAAGAUUAUCGAGGCUCUCGACGUUCCCUGGGUGGUGCUGUUGUCCAUGGACUCCUUCUACAAGGUUCUGACCCCUGAGGAACAGAUGUUGGCAGCCAGUAAUGACUACAACUUUGACCAUCCGGGGGCGUUUGACUUUGAGCUGCUGGUGGCCACUGUAAGGAGGCUGAAGAAGGGCAAGAGCGUGACGAUCCCAGUGUAUGACUUCACUACACACGGUAGACAGAAAGACUGGAAAACGGUGUAUGGUGCCAGUGUUGUCAUCUUUGAGGGGAUCAUGUCCUUUGCAGACAAAGAGCUUUUGGAGCUCCUGGACAUGAAGAUCUUUGUGGACACUGACUCAGACAUUCGGCUGGUGCGUCGCCUGCGCAGAGACAUCACAGAGCGCGGGCGGGACCUCGAGGGGGUCAUCAAGCAGUACAACAAGUUUGUGAAGCCCGCGUUUGAACAGUACAUUGAACCCUACAUUCGGCUGGCGGACAUUGUUGUGCCUCGAGGGGGUGGUAACAUGGUGGCCAUUGACCUGAUCGUCCAGCAUGUCCACAGCCAGAUGGAGAAGCGUGAGCUCAGUGUCAGGGCUGUCCUGGCAUCGGCCCAACAGACUCAGCCACUCCCUCAGACACUUAGUGUUUUGGAGAGUACGCCCCAGGUCAAAGGCCUGCACACCAUCAUCAGGAAUAGGGAGACCAGCCGGGACGAGUUCAUCUUCUACUCCAAGCGGUUGAUGCGCCUCCUGAUUGAACAUGCUCUCACAUUCCUGCCCUCUCAGCCUUGCAGGGUCCAGACCCCCCAGGGGCAGGAGUAUGAGGGGAAACAAAGCAUCAGGGGUAAAGGGAUCACAGGUGUGUCCGUCCUGCGGGCGGGGGAGACCAUGGAGCCUUCCCUGAGGGCGGUGUGUAAGGACGUCCGCAUCGGCAAGAUCCUUAUCCAGACCAACCUGGACUCGGGAGAACCAGAGCUGCAUUACCUGCGUCUGCCCAGAGACAUCAGUGAGGACCAUGUCAUUCUAAUGGACAGCACUGUUUCCACCGGCGCCGCCGCCAUGAUGGCUGUACGGGUCCUAUUGGACCACGAGGUGCCGGAGGAGAACAUUGCCCUGGUCUCUCUGUUGAUGGCUGAGUUGGGGGUGCACUCAGUGGCCUAUGCCUUCCCCCGGGUCAAAAUCAUCACUACUGCUGUGGACAAGACUGUUGACGACUGCCUGCAAGUCAUUCCUGGCAUUGGGGACUUUGGGGACCGAUACUUUGGGACAGAUGGUGGAGCAUCAGGCUGGAGUAACGAUGACGAACAGGAGCGACCCAGAAAUCCAACAGGAUUCUGUGAAACAUAGUUAAAGGCUAACCUUGUGAAACCAGUCUGUAAAAUCAGUCUGGUUUCACACGGCAGCUUAGGGCAAGACUUACCUGACCAGUCACAUUCCAUUCAGCUGCUACAGAUGAACACUAACGAUAGUAUGUAAUGCUAAUAAUGCUCAAAAGUUAUGUAGAGCAAGACAUUUUGUAUUCUAUUUUAUGGUAACAAUAAGUGUUUUGUUUGAGGCAAUACUACAGGAUCAAUGUAUGUAUCUUGACAAUGCUGGACUGCUCAAAGCAGUGUGUUAACAGGGCUACACGUUAUGGAACUGAAUCAGUUCCAUCCCCUUGAAGACAAUGCUAUCUUGAGAUCACCUAGUUAUUUGUGAUUGGCAGAAAAGAUAUCCUGGACCUCAGAUUAUCAAAGGCUAUUUUAUAUUAAAUAUAUAUUUAUUAGAACUCUGUUUUAUUAGCUAGUAAGACUUCCUGGCCUGUAGGGGGGAGCAGUGUUCAAUUUUUGUUGCUGUGUGUGUGUGUGUGUGUGUGUGUGUGUGUGUGUGUGUGUGUGUG